GAGAGUCUGUCGGGAGGAGCAGGGGUCCCUCCGCCGCACAGCACGGCCGGGUGUGGAGCAAGGCCCUGCACCCCAAGACGCGGGAGGGGGAGACCACAGGCAGGUGUGCCCCGGGCCCGCGGGGAGGGUUUCAGAAGAUGCACAGGAGAAAGUGCAGUCUCUCUGACGUGGGUGAAAGGGAGAAAGGACAAACUUCGUUGGGUGGAGAAUACGAAAGGACAAAGUGGAUUCAGGUGUGCAGAGAAAAUAAUCACCCCUCCGCAGAAUCUCCUAAUCCUGAAACUAUCCCUCAAGAAAGCAACUAUCCUAGUCCUCUGCUGUGGACUCCCAACUUUAGGCCUUAAAUCUGUAGGUCAUGUCAGAGGCCCUUCACAUUUGGUUCUUUUAUUCUCCCAAGAGCUACUUGAUAAUACAGUGUUAUCAGACUAUUUAGUAAGUGAGGAAAUAGGGCUGUUUGGUUACUUGCCCAGUGUCAUUUACGGGGAGAGAAGGGUAAUCCAAGUCUCUCAUGGCCUAAUUCUGAGCUCUUUCCACAGGAUAUAAUGGCCUUUCUGAUAGGAAAAGCAAUAUUUUCUACGAUAAAGUGACUUUAUCCAAAAUCUUCAGGAAAUUGAUUCCAGAUUUGUGGAAUCUAGGGAGAAAAAUACGACAACUUCCCUUUAUUAAUCAAGGAGGUUCCUGAGACACAGCUGAGCUGUUUCUUGUUGAAUAUCUCACAACAUGUGGAGAGGCACAGCUGUAAGUGCUGCCCACGUGUUCUGCCCAAACUAUUUGCUGGACUAACCAGAGACAGAGUCCAACCUCAGGUAGCAGAUACCCAUAUACUUCCCACUGACUCUUGGUGGAUGUGCGGUUGAGCAGUAACACCUUCCACUUCCAAGUGAAUGGUGUUGUAGUGUCCUGACACUCUGAUAGGGCAUCGCUUUGUGGCCUGUACUGCAAAUUGGAGCUGAGUCCUCCAAAUAAAGAGUUUAAAUGCCUCUCCAGUCAUCACAACAUGUAGCAGAAAGGGCAGUUGUCAAGAAGACCAGGUGUUUGGGUUAACAAAGAAUUGUAGUAUCACACUGCUAUUUCAUUAAAUCAGGAGGCCAGCAUUUUCAUGGGACAUAGUAGAGGGAAACAAAGGUUAUACAUUGAACCACUGCAUAAAGUGUAAGUAUUCAGUAAUUAGGGUCCUGAAAUAAGAAGAAUAUCCCCACCAAAAUACAAAAGGAUAAUAUGGAACAAGAGGAUUCCUAGGAUCUGGAAGAAUAGUAAGGUCUGGUCAAGCUCUGUUCCAUUCUAUUUCAUUUUAUAAGAAUUCUCACCAGCUUUUUAGUGAUGAGGAAGUAGAGAAUUGUCUGGACAUAGGCUUUGGAUCCAAAAAGUCUUGGAUUUGAGCCUUUGCCUCACCUUGACUCCUUACUGGCUCUGGGAAUAGGGGCAAGUUACUGUAAUCGGUGUGCCUUGGGCUUGGUUUUGGAGUCUGAAGUAGGUCUUUUUUUCCCCAAGAAUUGGCAAGUAUUUAUACUUCCUCAGAACUGGUAUUCUCAUACCUUGAAGAGUCUGGAGCCUCCUAAGAAGUGCCAAAAGGAAAUAUGAAAUCUCUUGUUCUGUCCUAAUAACCUAGAGGGGACUGGAGAGGAGAGCUGGAGCCAUUUCAAUCAUAGAACCAAUCAUGAUGGCUGAAUUUUUUUUUAUAUUCUGAAUUCCUUUGGAGGCUUGGAGGAUAAAAUAGCAGGCUCUUAGGUAGGGGAAGGAAGUGGAUGAUUCCAAUCACAUGCUAAGGCUAAGCUAAGGUACAAAUAGGACGGACCAUUAUCUUGGCACUGGCAAGAAGAGAUACUUGUUUGCUUUAUGUCUUCUCUGCUUUCCCACCUCCUGCUUCCUCCUGGACUCAUUUAUAAGUGGUCAUGGUACCUUUUGGUUCAUUUGGCAGUUACAUUGUAGGUGACUGACAUUACAUCAGGCAAUCAAGAUUUCCUCCAUUCACUCAUACCCCAAACUGGAGCUCCUGUUGACUUUAUUCUCCUCACUUAUCAAUUCUCCUGUCCUUUCCUGUUUGUUUUUGUUGUUCUGUUUUGUUUUUGUUUGUUUUUCCCUCCCCAGGUACUCAAGAACAGCCCAUGGAAGAAUCAUAUGAAGAGGUGGUGAUUAAGGUCAUAGAGCAGGAGUGGACAUGUUUGGAUUUCCAACAGCUACUCUGCUGGACUGUCAUGGAAGAUAUGCCCAGAAUGUAGCAUUUUUCAAUGUGAUGACAGAAGCCCACCACAAAUAUGAUCACUCUGAGGCCACAGGAUCCUCAAGCUGGGAUUUCCAGAAUUCUUUCAGAAGAGAGAAGCUGGAACAAAAAUCCCCAGAUUCUAAGACACUACAGGAAGAUUCACCUGGAGUGAGACAGAGGGUCUAUGAGUGCCAGGAAUGUGGAAAAUCCUUCAGGCAAAAGGGUAGUCUAACGUUACAUGAGAGAAUCCACACUGGUCAGAAGCCCUUUGAGUGUACCCACUGUGGAAAAAGCUUUAGGGCCAAAGGCAAUCUUGUUACACAUCAACGAAUACACACAGGAGAGAAGCCCUAUCAGUGCAAGGAGUGUGGGAAAAGCUUUAGUCAACGAGGUAGUCUGGCCGUUCAUGAAAGACUUCACACUGGACAGAAACCCUAUGAGUGUGCUAUUUGUCAGAGAAGCUUCAGGAAUCAAAGUAACCUCGCUGUUCACAGAAGAGUUCAUAGUGGUGAGAAGCCCUAUAGAUGUGAUCAGUGUGGAAAAGCCUUCAGUCAGAAAGGAAGCUUAAUUGUUCAUAUCAGAGUCCACACAGGCCUGAAACCCUAUGCCUGCGCACAAUGCAGGAAGAGUUUCCACACCAGAGGGAAUUGUAUCCUGCAUGGCAAAAUCCACACAGGAGAGACACCCUAUCUGUGUGGCCAGUGUGGGAAAAGCUUCACUCAGAGAGGGAGUCUGGCUGUGCACCAGCGAAGCUGCUCACAAAGGCUCACCCUAUAACCACUCUCAUCAAAGGAAGUUCUCUGUAUGAAUUAACAGCAUAAAAUCCCCUGAGAUUAAACAACCUAUUCAAUUUUACGGAAUGAACGGCGACUCCUUCAGAAAGACCAUCAUUGGGUAGAGCAAACUGACUUUUCUCCCUUCCCCCAAAUGAAUAUCAAAAAUAAAUGUCUUGUUUAUUAUCAUUAUCA